GAUUUGGACUCCAGCUUAUAAAAGGCUUAUGUGAUCGGGAGGACGAGCAGUUCGGUGGUAGUUUGUCGCCCAGUUUAAAACUAGUCCGCUCUAUUGUUAAUUAAACCUAGAAAAUUUUUCACAUUAAAUUAAGAGGAUGUCUGCAACUGGACCCGAAGUGGUUGCUGGUACCGUCGAUGCAUCUGCAGCGGCGGGUAUGUCAGCUUCUUCAACUUUUUUGGCACUUCUAGUCCCAGCACUUGUACUGUGGUUCAUCUACUUCAGAAUUUCGAGACGUCAUAUGCUCGAACUCGCAGAGAAACUUCCAGGUCCUAGAGGCUAUCCUAUUCUUGGAAAUGCAUUGGAAUUUGUUGGAAGCUCAGACACCAUUUUCCGUAAUAUCUACAAACGCUCAUUUGAAUUUGACCAAGUGAUCCGUCUUUGGAUUGGUCCCAAACUCAUCGUUUUCUUGGUUGAUCCACGAGACGUCGAAGUUAUUCUCUCCAGCCACGUGUACAUUGAUAAAUCCCCAGAAUACAGAUUCUUCCAGCCGUGGCUCGGAAAUGGACUUUUAAUCUCCACUGGUCAAAAAUGGCGUGCCCACCGUAAACUCAUUGCUCCAACUUUCCAUUUGAACGUUCUGAAAAGUUUCAUCGAUCUCUUCAACGCCAACUCUCGUUGUGUAGUUGAGAAAAUGCGCAAAGAAGGUGAAAAAGAAUUUGACAUUCACGACUACAUGUCUGAAACUACAGUGGAAAUUCUUUUGGAAACUGCCAUGGGUGUUUCAAAGACAACUCAAGAUCGCAGUGGCUUUGAAUACGCCAUGGCAGUUAUGAAGAUGUGUGACAUUCUUCAUCUUCGUCACACCAGAGUUUGGUUGAGGCCUGACUGGCUCUUCAAUCUAACUAAAUAUGGAAAAGAUCAGAUUCAAUUAUUGGAGAUCAUCCAUGGAUUGACCAAGAAAGUUAUCAAGCGUAAGAAGGAGGAUUACAAGGCAGGAAAGCGUAAUUUCAUCACCGAUAGUAAAGAGGCUAAAGAAGCCAAAGCAACAAGUGUCGAGGGACUCUCAUUCGGCCAAUCUUCAGGUCUGAAGGACGAUCUUGAUGUUGAUGAGAAUGACGUUGGUGAGAAGAAACGGUUGGCCUUUUUGGAUCUUCUCAUCGAAGCCGGGCAGAAUGGAGUUGUUCUCAAUGAACAGGAAGUUAAGGAACAAGUUGACACCAUCAUGUUUGAGGGUCACGAUACCACCGCUGCUGGCUCUAGUUUCUUCCUCUCGAUGAUGGGAUGCCAUCCAGAUAUUCAAGAGAAGGUGAUCCAGGAGUUGGAUGAAAUCUUUGGAGACAGUGACAGACCAGUCACCUUCCAAGAUACUUUGGAGAUGAAAUAUCUUGAACGUUGUCUCAUGGAGACUCUUCGUAUGUACCCACCAGUACCAAUCAUCGCUCGUCAGAUUCAGAGCGAUCUCAAGCUUGCAUCUGGUGAUUAUACUGUACCCGCGGGCUGUACAGUCGUUGUUGGAACUUUCAAGAUGCACCGCCAGCCCCACAUCUAUCCAAAUCCAGACGUCUUCAACCCAGACAAUUUCCUCCCUGAGAAAACGGCAAAUCGUCAUUACUAUGCAUUCGUCCCAUUCUCAGCAGGUCCACGUUCUUGCGUAGGACGUAAAUACGCUAUGCUCAAGCUAAAGAUCCUUCUCUCCACUAUACUGAGAAAUUUCCGUGUCAAAUCCGAUGUCAAAGAGUCGGAUUUCAGGCUUCAGGCUGACAUCAUCCUCAAGCGGGCCGAGGGCUUCAGAGUAACCCUUCAGUCAAGGAAACCUACUGUCAAAGCCUAAAGGGAUAAAUAUGGCAUAGUCAUAGUUCGUGAGGCUUUCUUUAUUCUUUCAAAUCCCUCAAGUUAUUUAAACUAGGUGAAAAUUUUCACUCGGGAAUUCGUUGGUCGGGUUCUUCUUUACUCAUUCAAUUUUUUUCUGUCCUAUAUUAUGAUGUUGGAGAUAGGUGCCAAUCAUUGUACAUGCUUGUAUAGAUAUCAAAUCGUUUAAUUUAAUCAUUUUAUUUUACUAUUAUUUUCUCCCGAGUGAUCGUACAAGGUAUUUAGAAUUUAUUUUAUUGUUAAAUCUGAGUUAUUUAUCUGUCAUAUGGAAUAAAGUUGGAGUUUGCUUUUAAAAA